GGUUCAGUCCAGUGGAACCUCCCGGCUCCCGUAAGCGGUGCUGUGUUCAUGUGUUUAGCUUGUGCUGCACACGCGAGUCGAAAUAACAUUUUUUUUUACGAGCUAGUGGGCUUUUCCUUAUUUGUAUCACAUCGUUUUUGUCUGCAAUAUGUCGGCCCCUAAGAAAGGAGAUCUGUCUCCGAGUGAAAAGGAAUUGUUCGAGGUCAUCACUGGAGGAAACGUCCAGGAGGCAUCACGACUGUUGGGAUGCAAAGAUGUGCGGGUUAACUGUCUGGAUGAGUAUGGUAUGACUCCUCUGAUGCAUGCUGCCUACAAAGGGAAAGCAGACAUGUGCAAACUCCUGCUUCAACAUGGAGCUAAUGUGAACUGUAACCAGCACGAGCAUGGCUACACAGCCCUCAUGUUCGCCGGCCUGUCAGGAAAGACUGAUAUCACCGCCAUGAUGCUGGACGCCGGAGCAGAAACGGACGUGGUCAACUCUGUGGGCAGGACAGCCGCACAGAUGGCAGCUUUUGUAGGUCAGCAUGACUGUGUGACCGUGAUCAACAACUUCUUCUCCCGAGCCAGACUGGACUACUACACCAGAGCCCAGGGGCUGGAGAAGGAGCCCAAACUGCCCCCAAAACUGGCCGGUCCACUGCACAAGGUCAUCAUGAGCACCAACCUCAAUCCUGUGAAGAUGGUUCUGCUGGUGAAGGAGAACCCCCUGCUGGCUGAGGCUGAGGCUCUAGACAAGUGCCGGAGGGUGAUGGAGCUGAUCUGUGAGAAAUGCAUCAAACAGCAGGACAUGAACGAGGUGCUGGCCAUGAAGAUGCACUACAUCAGCUGUGUGCUCCACAAGUGUGUUGCCUUCCUCCGGGACAGAGAGGACAAGCUGGAUGGGCUCAUUAAGUGUUUGCUGAAGGGCAGAGACACAGACGGAUUCCCAGUUUUUCAGGAGAAGUUUAUCCGAGAGUCCAUUCGGAAGUUCCCUUACUGCGACGCCACUCUACUGCAACAGCUGGUCCGCAGCAUCGCCCCUGUGGAGAUCGGCAAUGACCCCACCGCCCUGUCGGUGCUGACCCAGGCCAUCACAGGACAGGUCGGCUUCAUGGACACUGAGUUCUGUACCUCCUGUGGAGAGAAGGGAGCCGAGAAGAGGUGCUCCAUCUGUAAAGUGGUGAUUUACUGUGACCAGACGUGUCAGAAGCUCCACUGGUUCACUCAUAAGAAAGUGUGUAAAAAGCUUCAGGCGCAGAGGGAGAAGCACGAGGCGGAGGUAGCCAAACUCAGACAGCAGCAGAACAAAGAAAAUGCCAACGCGGUUCAAGAGACCACAGAGUCUAUGGAGGGUCUGUCUGUGAAAACCAACAGUGAAGGAACAGAAAGUGAAAAGGCAAACUGUGUGCCCAUCACUGCUGCAGGCAACUGAAACAACAACACUCAAACUGAAUAUAAUAACAUCAUGGAGACCAAACUAUAUUUAUUUACUUCUGUCACCGUGGAAACCUAGGAUGUGCCACUGAGACAAGACAUGUUAUUUUAUAUUGUUGUUAUGAAUGUGUGUGGGCUAAGAAAUUACAUCCAAGCGAGUAAUUAUGACUUAAGAAUAUACAUUUUUGAUCUGAUUCUGACUGGUUAUUGCUAUCCCUGGAAUGUUCCACUGUAUGGCAUUUAACAUGUAACUUGCCCUAUUUGUAUAUUACCAUGAAGACGAGCAGGUGGCACAAGUCAUAUCUGUGGAGAGGUGACUAAAGCUGGACGAUGUGUGCUUACAAGAUCGUAUGGCUCUAUUAGCAUAACCUUUACAGGGGAUUUUAACUGUUUACUUUCUAACUGUUCACUCCCGUUGCUGACAGCAGAGGGAGCUCCAAUGCCUAAAUGCCUCAUUGGAAAUCCAGACAUUAGUUCAAGUUGAAAAAGGUGAAAUACUUCUCCCAAACUGACCAAAAGUAUGUUAUAAAGGGAGUAAAAGACACAAGAAUGCAUUAUGUGUUUUUAAAAAGUGUACAUAGCUAAUAUUUUACAGAUUUAGUUUAAAAAAUCUCAAGUCAUUUUAACUCAUGUAGAAAUGGAGUUUUUGCCCUGUGCUAAUUCUGCCUUAAGAAUUUGUAGCAAAAUGUGUGGAGCUAGCCAAUAACAGCCUUUGUAUGUUGUGGUUUUUGUUGUGGAUUGAGGGAGGAGCCAGAUAGCAAUGACCAAAAGAGAAUAUUUUGAGUAGAAGAGUAGAAUAAUUAUUAAUGCUCAGGAUUUGACAAGACAUAAUGUAAUAUGUAUAAUAUAUGUAGUAAUAAUAGCUUGUGGUAGGACGGGAAACAGCACAAUACCAUCUUGUCCUCUAAUAUCACGGCCUUAAGGUUGUAUAUUUAUAACAAUA